UCCAAAACCUGAACUAAAUAAAUUCAUCUGUUUUCCUCUUUGCUCAUUUGGGUAAAAAUGUUUCGUGACAUCACACUCGAUCCCAAAUUUUUCCACUGCUACCAACCCAUUUUUACCACGACCCGAUUUUUGGGCCUAAACCCCCUAACUUGCCACAGAACCCCCAAGUCGUAUUUAUUGAAAUGGUCGUGGACUUUGUACAGUUUCAACUGCGUCCUGAUCGCAAUCUUGACAAUUUUGGGGUUUUAUGGUUUAGAGAGUUACAUCAAAGCCGGCACUGAUGGUUUCGUUUGGUCCAAAUUCACCCAAAACCACUUCUUAUCGAUCCUCGAUUUCGCCGAAUUGCAACUUUUGGGUUUUUAUUUCGUGGUGGUUCAACCAUUUGGGUUUAAACACUUUGCCGAAAUGAUGGAUGGUUUUGGUAAAAUCGAUUCGCUUUUUCCCGAUUUUGAGAGUGAAAACGAGCGGAGAUUGUGCAUAAUUUUCGGGAGUGGCGUUUUUGUGGUUUUUUCGAUGGUUUUGGUUUUUGAUGGGAUUGUGGUUUGGCGGAACGUUAAUGGGACCGAGUUGGGUUUAAAGGAUUACACGUUUUAUCUGGUUUAUUUCGUUUUGAUCGGCUUUGAGUUGCAGUAUUGGCAGUUGGUUGGUUUCAUCGAACGGAGGAUGAGACGAAUUAAUAAAAAUUUGAAACAUAGUGAUGAAAACAGCCAUCGCUUGAUUUUUAACGCCAUGAUUGGCUACGAGCACAUUUACGACGUUAUUAAUUGGAUCAACAAGAUUUACAAUAUUCAGAUUUCGGUAUUUUUCGGAAACUCGAUACAUAAUAAUACGAGAAAAUUUCAGUUGAUUAUUUCGAGUUGUUUCCUCCGAAUUGUCCUAAAUCUCUACGUCCUUAUCUUAUCAAUUAUUCACAAAGACGAAACUGUUUUACUGUUUUUGCAAGUCGCCUGGAUUCUUCUGUAUUUCAUUCGUUUUGUAAUAAUUUUGGAAGUGUGUCAUUCGUGUGAAUUACAGCACCAGAAAACCUUGAAUUUAAUUUUCACUCUCAUAACUCGUAUUGUACGAGACGACACUAAAGAUAUUUUGAAAAAUUUUAGUUUAAAAUUGACUCAAAAUAAAAUCAGGUUCUGCUGUUUUGCCAUUCCACGGAUUAAUCGAUCGUUGUUUGUUACAAUCUGCAGCUCGAUAACGACGUUUUUGAUUAUUUUUAUACAGUUUACAAAACUUUAACGUUGUAGUUUUAUAAAUCUGUUGAACAAUUUGAUUAUUUUUUUCCGAUUGAUCGUCGUAUUACAGAAGUUUCAAUAUUAAAAAAAUGAUAUUUUUAAAAGCUUUGAUGUUUGUCUCUGUUUCAUAUUUUCCGAAAGAAAUUUGGGAGAGUUACUGUUAUCCGAACGAACUGUAAUCUUGCACCAUACGUAAUUUUUCAGUUUAAGUUGUAAUUUAUUUCAAGGACGCAGGCAAUUAACUGGAAACAAUAAUUUGGGCCCUAAUUGUAAGAAAUUGUGACUUCAAACCCUAAAAAAAAUUGUUCAAGUGCAAAAAUAAAAUUUUUAAAGACCAAAAUUACAAAAAGAAUGUCAUUAAUAACGUCCUUUACUACAUUUUUUCUUCUUCUUGAGUUUAUAUAAAAACCGUAAGAAUAUAAGAUAUUUUAGCAAAACUGGCAGAACAAUCAUCAUUAACUAAAAAUUUAAUUAAUAUUUCUCGAUUGAUCGUCGGAUACAGAAGUUUCAAUAUUAAAAAAAAUAUAUAGAUAUUCUUAAAAGCCUUGUUGUUUGUCUGUCUGUUUCAGAUUUUCCGAAAGAAAUUUGGGAGAGUCCUUGUUAUCCGAACGAACUGUAAUCUUGCACACAUACGUAAUUUUUCAGUUUAAGUUGUAAUUUAUUUCAAGGACGCAGGCAAUUAACUGGAAACAAUAAUUUGGGCCCUAAUUGUAAGAAAUUGUGACUUCAAACCCUAAAAAAAAUUGUUCAAGUGCAAAAAUAAAAUUUUUAAAGACCAAAAUUACAAAAAGAAUGUCAUUAAUAACGUCCUUUACUACAUUUUUUCUUCUUCUUGAGUUUAUAUAAAAACCGUAAGAAUAUAAGAUAUUUUAGCAAAACUGGCAGAACAAUCAUCAUUAACUAAAAAUUUAAUUAAUAUUUCUCGAUUGAUCGUCGGAUACAGAAGUUUCAAUAUUAAAAAAAAUAUAUAGAUAUUCUUAAAAGCCUUGUUGUUUGUCUGUCUGUUUCAGAUUUUCCGAAAGAAAUUUGGGAGAGUCCUUGUUAUCCGAACGAACUGUAAUCUUGCACACAUACGUAAUUUUUCAGUUUAAGUUGUAAUUUAUUUCAAGGACGCAGGCAAUUAACUGGAAACAAUAAUUUGGGCCCUAAUUGUAAGAAAUUGUGACUU